AUGAAGCCUGGCCUCCCCUUCCUAGAAGCCCUUCUGUUCCUCCUCAGCCCAGCUGCAGGGGAUUUGGGGACCCCGAUGCCUGACCCGAGCCCCAGUUCCUUACCCUUCAUUGACUCCCCCUCUAACUUCAUCUCUAGAUCUGGCUCCAGUGGUGGCAGCUCCAGGGGUAGUGCCAGCACCAGAUCUGGUUCUGGCUCCGUUUCCAAUUUCACCGGCUCCAAGGAUGACCACGGGGCCUGCCUGUGCUCGGUCGCCCUGCCCGACACCACCUUUCCGGUGGAGAGGGUGGAGCGCUUGGAAAUCACAUCUCGCCUCCUCUACCAGAAGUUCGAGAAAGAGCUUUCUAAAGUGAAGGAGUAUGUCCAAUUAAUCCAUUUCUAUGAAAAGAAACUCUCAAACCUAACUGUCCGAGUAGAGAUCAUGGAAAAGGAUACCAUUUCUUACACUGAAUUGGACUUUGAGCUGAUCAAGAUAGAAGUGAAGGAGAUGGAGAAACUGAUCAUCCAGCUGAAGGACAGUUUUGCUGGAAGCUCAGAAAUUGUUGACCAGCUGGAAGUAGAGAUAAGGAAUAUGACUCUCCUGGUAGAGAAGCUCGAGACACUAGACAAAAACAAUGUCCUUGCCAUUCGCCGAGAAAUUACGCUACUGAAGUACAAGCUAAAGGAAUGUGAAACCUCUAAAGUUGAAAACGUCCCUGCCAAGCCCCCUUCUCCCGCUCCAGGGACCUGUGCUCACGGUGGUGUGGUGAACGUCAGCAAACCUAUUAUAGUUCAGCUCAACUGGAAAGGCUUUGCCUACAAGUACGGUGCCUGGGGCCGGGAUUAUUCUCCCCAGAAUCCAGACAAUGGGCUGUACUGGGUGGCACCUUUGAAUACAGAUGGGAGAGUGUUCGAAUAUUACAGGCUCUAUAACACAAUGGAUGACCUGCUACUGUAUUUAAAUUCCCGAGAGUCCCGGAUUUCCUACGGUCAAGGCAGUGGGACAGCGGUUUACAAUAACAACAUGUACGUCAACUGGUACAACACCCGCAACAUUGCCAAAGUUAACCUGACGACCAACACGGUUGCUGUGACUCGGGCUCUCCCUGAUGCCGCCUAUAAUAACCGCUUUUCCUAUGCUAAUGUUGCUUGGCAAGAUAUCGACUUGGCUGUAGAUGAGAAUGGCUUGUGGGUGAUUUAUUCAACUGAAGCCAGCACUGGUAACAUAGUGAUUAGUAAACUCAAUGACACCACACUUGAGGUGCUAAACACUUGGCAUACCAAGCAGUACAAACCAUCUGUUUCUAAUGCCUUCAUGGUAUGUGGGGUUCUGUAUGCCACUCGCACUUUGAACACCAGGACAGAGGAGAUUUUCUACUACUAUGACACAAACACAGGGAGAGAGGGCAACCUAAACAUUGUCAUGCAUAAGAUGCAGGAAAAAGUGCAGAGCAUUACUUAUCACCCAGUCGACCAGAAACUUUUUGUCUAUAACGAUGGUUACCUUGUGAAUUAUGAUCUCAUCUUUGACCAGGAGCCCCGCUAA